CUGAGGUUAACAGUAUUUGAACCCCAGAGGAGCACGAAGAAGAAAAACGAGGAAAACAGGAUAUAAGCUGAUCUUCUGUCAACUGAGGAAAUGGACACGCGGUUCACUCGAGGCAAAUCCAGCAUCCUGGAGCGGCCCCUGACUCGACCCAAGACCGAGGUCAGCGUGAGCGCCUUCGCCCUCCUGUUCUCGGAGAUGGUCCAGUACUGUCAGAGCCGCGUGUACUCCGUGUCCGAGCUGCAGACCCGGCUGGCGGACAUGGGCCACAGUGUGGGAGCCAGCAUGCUGGACGUGCUGGUGCUGAGAGAGAAGAACGGGAAGAGGGAGACUAAGGUUCUGAACAUGCUGCUCUUCAUCAAGGUUAACGUGUGGAAGUCCUUAUUCGGGAAAGAGGCUGAUAAGCUGGAGCAGGCCAACGAUGAUGACAAGACUUAUUACAUCAUAGAAAAGGAGCCUCUCAUCAACGCGUACAUAUCUGUGCCCAAAGAGAACAGCAGCUUGAACUGCGCUGCGUUCACUGCCGGCAUCGUGGAAGCCGUCCUCACACACAGUGGGUUCCCGGCCAAGGUCACCGCCCACUGGCACAAAGGCACCACGCUCAUGAUCAAGUUCAACGAGUCGGUCAUCGCCAGGGACAAGGCUCUGGACGGCAGAUAAAACACGACUGGAGACACUGGCUGGUUUGGGUUCAUCAAUACAGGAUGAGGAUAAGGUCCCGUCAUCCAGGUCCCGUCUUGUGUUAGCUGACUGUGACUGAUAUUCUUUCUGGUAACUGAUGUGAUGAUGAAUGGAUCUCUGCAACGUACUGAGCCACAUCUAGAGCAGAAACGAUGCAGCUGAUUGGUCCAAACUUCCAGUUUUUUGUGGAUCUUCUCACUCACCUCAUCAAGUUCCAUACAUUUGUUUACCUUGCAUCACUUUUCAUGUGUGGCUCCAUGUGAGCUAAAGAAAAUACAAAAGUUUGUAACUUCAGGUGAAACAGUGUUUCUCAUGAACUCUACUGUUGCUUCAUUGUAGAUCUGUGCAGCCCCCUCUCUCUUUGGACCAUCAGAAAAUCAAUUAGGUUUCUACCAUCCUUCAUCAUCCUGACCACACCACCACAGAUAGACUUCUGUGAGAAGCACUGACAAAUGAGAACAUAACAUGAUAUUAUAAUAUUAAAUUUCUGUCAAUAGAUCCCCUUCUAAAUCCCACACACUGGUGCUUUAAUUAAAUAUCAUGACACAAGGCUCUGGGAAAUUGUGAUACCCCUUGAAACUGCUUUUAGACUUUAAAGAGUCUAAACAAUGAAUCAAAGAAAAACAACAGAUUAUUGUUUGCUGUAAUUGACUCAAAGUUGGGUGGAGAUGAAUCUGAAUAACAAACAACCUUCUAAAUGUUGGCCAAUUAUUUUCCAUGGAGUCGAGAGUCGAAGUUUUGUUUUCUCUUGUUCACUCCACUUCAGCUCAAGCUCUCAAGUUUCAUCUCUGUAAAAUAGAUUCACAGUCUGGUGCAGAUACUGAGGUCCUCACUGUUUAUUAUUAUAUUUGUAUUAAUAAUAUUUAGAUUCAUUUGUUUCGUGUACGUGUGUGUGCAUGCAGAAAUUGAGGGUUAAACAUGGGGGAGUUUCCAUUCCACAAAUAAAAGACUUAAAACAC